AUGAUGAGAGCACUGCUUUGCUCCAAUUUAUGCAACUCUUUUCCUUCAAUUGCUCUGCUUCUUUCAAUUGCUAUGAUCUUUCUGCUCCAAUCACUGAUAAUUGGAAAGAGGGUACAGAUUGUUGUGCAUGGGAUGGGGUCACAUGUGAUAACACCACUUCUCAUGUCGUUGGCCUCGACCUCAGUUGUAAACUGCCUAUAUGGUACCAUCCAUCCAAACAGCAGCCUCUUCAAUCUUGUUCACCUUCAACACCUCGACCUUUCUCUAAACAACUUCAAUCACUCUCAAAUUUUACCUUCAUUUGGCCGUUUCACAAAUUUGACCCAUCUAAACCUCUCUGGCUCCCAUCUUUCUGGCCCAAUACAAUCAUCAUCAAAAGAAGUCUGGCAAGGAAAUAACUUCUCCAAUAGCAUUUUCCACUUACAGAAAUUGCAAGACCUGUGGUUACGCGGUAACAGAGAAGAGAACUCACAGGGCGUUACAAAUUCCAUCGGCCAAUUUGAGUACUUGGAGCCGCUAUCCCUCGUUGACUGCAAUUUCUUUGGUACCAUUCCGACAUCCCUUGCAAACCUCACGCGAUUAAUUUCACUUGAUCUUUCAUACAACAAUUUUGAAGGCCCAAUUCCUCAACUUUUUUCCAAUUUCUCGCAACUUAAAGCUAUAUAUUUCUCAAACAAUCAACUAACAGGUCCCAUUCCCUCUUCCUUGUUUCAUCUGAACCUUACCUAUCUUGAUCUUUCGUCAAAUAAUUUAAGCAACACUGUUGAGCUGGACACGUAUGCAAAGCUUGAAUAUUUGGAUUCUUUGGAUCUUUCAAACAGUAGUCUAUCAUUGACCACCACCAACUCCACUCCCUCCUCUUUCCGAAACAUUACUACAUUACAAUUGUCAUCUUGCAACAUAAAUGAAGACCUCAAUCCACUCUGCAAUCUUCAUUAUCUUAUAUAUCUCAAUCUGUCCAAUAACCAAUUCGGCGGAUUAAUCCCUACCUGUUUGGGGAACUUCAGUGGAUAUUUAAUGGUGUUAAAUUUGCAGAGUAACAAUUUCAGUGGGACCAUCCCUCAAACUUUUGGAUAUGCAAGCCGGUUGCAAGACCUUGACAUUAGCAACAAUGGAUUGCAAGGGGUGCUUCCAAGAUCAUUGGCAAAUUGCACGAAGCUAGAAAUUUUGAAUCUGGGUCAUAAUUUCAUAGAAGAUGCUUUUCCAUUUUGGUUGGAGAACCUGCCCCAAUUGAAGGUUAUUGUCUUGCGAGAUAAUGAAUUCCAUGGUCCCAUAGAGCAACCAAGGAAGAGAUUAGCCUUCACCAAUUUACAUAUCAUUGACAUGUCUCACAAUGAAUUUACAGGCACUUUGCCAUCAAAAUUCUUUGAGAGCAUGCCUUCAAUGAUGGUGGAUGAUGAAGACAAAUCCUCCUUAAAUUAUAGAAAUUUUGAAUCUGAGUCAUAA